UUGAAAACAACUUCCUUAAUUUAAACUGGUCUCUCUAUAUAUAUAAACUUUAACACCCGAAGAUUUAACAUAGAUCAAGAAAAAAAAUCCUCAAAAAACAACAAUAACAAAAAGUUAAAAGAGAGACAUGAAGCAACAACGUUACUUGGUCGUCGUCUUCUUCAUCCUUUUCAGCUUUCUUCUGUUUGUGAACCUGAGUGAAGGAAGAUCAGGAGGUGGAGGAGUAGCAGAGGAGUAUUGGAAGAAGAUGAUGAAGAAUGAACCGUUGCCGGAACCAAUCAAAGAGCUUCUCUACAAUCCGUUUAGGACCGCAGAAGAAAGGUUCAUACAGAGUUUCGACACCAAAUCUGUUGUCAUCAUCUACCACAACCCUAAGGAAUAGUUUUAAUAAAACCACUCUCCCUCUCUCUCAAUGUCUCACAUAUCUGUGGCUCUCUGUGUUUGUGUAUGUAUCUGUUUAUACAUGCACGUAUAUCAUGUGUGCGUUUUUAUUAGGUAAAAUAACAGCUGCUCGAGUUGAUAACACUUAAAACUUUAAAUAUAUAUUUUCUGUUUAGUGAAGAAGUGUUAACCUUAGUCAUAA